GAUAUUAUUUUUCCAAACAAUUUUAAUUAAUCUUUGUAAAACCAAACAGGAUAUAGGAAAGGUGAAGCAAGACUUUGAAAGGAUGCAGUAUGACAAUUUGUGGUUGAAUGCAAAGAAGCAAGAGCUACGUCAGAGUAAGGCUGAAAAUGCAAUGAAUAAGAAACAACAACAAAAGUUUCAGAGUCAUCAUCAGAAUCGGAAUUAUGGGUCUUCCCAAAUGCAUAAAGGCAAGGGUGUUGUUCAUCAAACAACGUCAUUUUAUGUGGGAUUCUCUUCUACUGCAUGGGGCCAAAAUAUCAACAAUAAUGGUCCAAUAGCUCUUCCGGAUCUGAAUCUACCAGUGGAAGAGUCGAUCAAUGUGGCCUCUUUUCAAUGGUUGGCAAGAUCAGCUCAACACAUUAGGAGGUGUGAUGUGAAUUCGACUCGGAAACUUAUUUAAACCU